AGCAGGUGGGUUCUGCUUAUCGCCAACCUGCUCCAAGCGAUCGUCAACUGGUUGUUCAUUCGAGGUGAUUUGGCAGGAACUUUCGGUUUCUUUUUUGGGAGCUGCAUCUUGUGGUCGCUGCAAACGCAGUUAGCCCUCCAAAUUAUCGCGAACCGCCUAGGCCUUGUCAUAGUUGACAAGAGAAGAGUGAAAAUCAUGAAGAUCUCCUUGCUUAUAGUCGGCAUCAUCAUUAUCUCGGUUGCCUGCAUCUGGAUCCCGGCGCGUCUAACACAGGAAGAGCCGUUCGUGCGCAUCAAUGAGAUCUGGGACCGCAUGGAGAAGAUCAUCUAUCUCUUGGUGGAUCUCACUUUGAAUGCAAUUUUCCUCCGCAAAGUCCGACGGGAACUAAUUGCCGGGGGUCUCACCAAAUAUUGGCUGUUGUUCAACUGCAAUGUCGCUGCCGUCUCAAUUUCCCUGUCCAUGGAUAUUCUCAUCAUCGUCAUGAUGUCGCUUCCGAACCCUUUUCUUUACGCCAUUACUCAUCCGGUUGCAUACAGUGUCAAACUCGUCAUCGAGAUGAUGAUGGCUGAUUUGAUAUCCACUAUCGUCCGACAACCACACCAGCUUCUCAGCCGCUCAGAUGUUUAGCAGGAAGAGUGCCACGAGGAUAGCGAUCAAGGAGCCUAUGGUGGGUGGAGAG